AUGAACUGCAAAAAGGCGUCCCGUGAAUGUGAUUACUCCCUUAAGCUUAUAUGGGGUGGCAGACCGUACAAGAAUCCUCGGGUUGAAAAACUGAAUCCUGUCGCCGGGUUAUCCCGCGAAAUAUUACAGCAAUCAAACCCAAAUUCACAGGCAGAAGUUAGAAUCAAGCAGGAGCUUCAAGAGCAGAGUUUGUUUCUUCAACCCGUAAUCGCAACUCCUGCAGUUGCCGAAGGCUCGUCUUCCCAAUCAUUUCACGACAAUAUACGCUCGGUAAGCCAUAUUCUAGACUCCAUGUAUGAUUCUGCAAAUCAAUCCUCGCAAAUCUUGGAGAAGUUCGAGCCAUAUCUACCCGAGCCGCCCCCAGUUGAUGUAAAUAUCACCGAUAUGGUUGAUGAGUAUUCGGAUGACAUAAUGAAGCUAGAAUUGUCUCGACCAACGUUGCAAUCCAACUUGCAUACCACACCAUUUAUCAAAGAGCGCAAGUGGUCUGGUAGAAUGUCGAAAUUGGACACAGAGGAUCUAGAAGAUGAUGAGGAUACCCUGGCUAUGAAUAGAGAGUUUUCCACCUCAUCCAGCACGUACAGUUUUUCACGUACAUGUUCGGAGAGCUCCAGCUCAGAUAUUUUGGAACCGAUUCCCCGUGGACUUGUCCCUUUACCCGAUUUGCUACUGAACGUUCCCGAUUACUACGAGGCUUUCAAUUUUUUCUUCAGCUCUACAGCACAGCUAUUUAUGCCUUUUGGCGACGCCGUGCAGAAGUUUAACCCUUUCAAGAAAGUCCUUCCGCGGCUCGCAUUCUCCAAUGACGGUCUAUUGGCCGUCACUGUGGCUUACGGGCUGGCACACAAGUCAUAUCUCACAACCCAGAGCGAGCCAGCAGAAUUGCUCGAACAGUUGCUGAGCAGGUCACUCGGCGAUCUUCUGGAGCUGUUACAGAACAAAGAAACAUCGACCAGCGACCUUACUCUUACUCUCGUUCUCCUAAUCAGCUCUUUUAUGGUGUUCACUUUCAAGCAUGACUGGGAGGUGCACCUUAACGGUGCCAAACAGAUCCUCCUGUUGAGAGGCUACAAGAAACCGUUCGAAAAACUGUUCAAAGAGAGCAGGGACUUGCAGUCACACUGUAUUAGCGGAGAAAUAAAGCGCUCAAAGUUGAUCUUCUUCCUCUUGCGAUGGUUUGCUUACAUUGAUGUCCUGGCUCAAUUGGCUUCCCCUCUAGAGCCAACAUCUAAGGACAUUGAAAAGUACAACGAAAAGUUGAAAAUUUCCGAGCUUUGCGCUCAGCCUAGCGAUUUUGACUACGAAUUCGAGUCCAACGAGGAUGCCGAGUCGCUGAUGGUGGAUGAAUCUCAUGCCAAUGUGGACUAUUUUCUCGGCUUCAAUAUCAAGUAUCUUCCGUUGUACAAGAAGACGAUCGAACUCAUCAAGCAAACAAACCUCCGUACCCGGGUAAACCCUUCUGCUGGGGUGCCUCCUUCAGUGAUCGAUCGUGCCCUUCAAAUGGCGUCCACCUUUCAAAAAUUAUCCUCGGUACCUGCCAAAAGCCAAGAUACUAUAAUCGCUAUAAACAGAGUGUUCAUGUUAUUUGGAGUCAACCAAAUUUACAGAAGAGUGCUCAAGGUUCCUAAGAGUUCUCCACUUAUCCAGGACAUGUGCGCAGAAACGAUCUCUAUUAUUGACUCACAUCUACUUGAUGAUUCACCAAAUCAGAUAAGCAUCUUUCUUCCCGUUUUUGUUUCUGGAUGUGAUUCCAACAACGAAGAACUUCGUUCCCGCCACCUGAGACGGAUGACAACUAUAGCUCAUACCGGCUCGCCCUCGGCACAGUUUGCCGUGGACCUGAUGACCCAGUGCUGGGAGCGCGACCAGGACUGGUGGCAAGUGAUGGAGAAAGAGGAUAAAAAACACCUAUUCUUCUAA